CUGGCGCUAGCCCCACAGAAUCAAGAAGAGGGUCGAAGCUCCCAAAUGCCACCUUUCACAUUCAGCAGCCGAAGAUAAUAUCUGUGCGGCACUGCUGACUUGGGCCGACUUCCCACUUUCUGUCCUCUUCUUCCCCCAAGCCAUUGCCCGCUCGGACUGACCACUCGCCUGGCCAUCCAUCACCAUGAAGUUGCACUCACUGCUCGCCCUGGGCGCCGUUGCAGCUACUGCACACGCCGCUGACGACGAAUCGACCGAGUCGCUCGAGGCCAAUCUCCCUUCCUUCACCCCCACCACAAUCAAGGCCGACUUUGUCGAGCAGUUCACAGACGGCUGGGACGCACGAUGGAAGGCAUCGCACGCGAAGAAGGAGGGCACUGAGGAAGAGUGGCAAUACGUCGGCAACUGGGAGGUCGAGGAGCCAUCCGUGUUCCCAGGCAUCAAGGGCGACAAAGGUCUCGUGCUCAAGGACAAGGCUGCCCACCAUGCCAUCUCCGCCAAGUUCGACACACCCAUUGACAACAAGGGCAAGACCCUCGUGGUUCAGUAUGAAGUCAAGCUUCAGAACUUCCUCGAGUGCGGUGGUGCUUACCUCAAGCUCCUCCAAGACGGCGCCAUUUCUUCGCAAGACGAGUUCUCGAACGCCUCCCCAUACGUGAUCAUGUUUGGUCCCGACAAGUGCGGCGCUACCAACAAGGUCCACUUCAUUUUCAAGCACAAGAACCCUAAGACUGGCGAGUACGAGGAGAAGCACAUGAACGCUGCUCCUUCUGCGGUCAUCAACAAGCUCUCCAACUUGUACACCCUCGUUGUUCGCCCAGACCAAUCUUUUGAGGUCUUGAUCAAUGGCGAGUCCAAGAAGAACGGCACUCUGCUCGACGAUUUCACUCCAUCUGUCAACCCACCAAAGGAGAUUGACGAUGCUGAGGACAGCAAGCCAGAGGACUGGGUCGACGAGGCCAAGAUCAAGGAUCCAGAAGCGAAGAAGCCAGAGGACUGGGACGAGGACGCUCCAUACGAGAUUGUCGAUGAGUCUGCCGAGAAGCCAGAGGACUGGCUGGACAACGAGCCACUCACCAUUCCAGACCCAGAGGCUCAGAAGCCAGAGGAUUGGGAUGACGAGGAGGACGGAGAUUGGAUCGCACCUCAGGUGUCCAACCCCAAGUGUGACGAUGUCUCUGGCUGUGGCCCAUGGGAGAAGCCAAUGAUCAAGAACCCAGCUUACAAGGGCAAGUGGACCGCGCCUCUCAUUGACAACCCAGCCUACAAGGGCGUCUGGAAGCCACGCAAGAUUCCAAACCCAGACUUCUUCGAGGACAAGAAGCCAGCCGACUUCGAGCCAAUUGGCGCUAUCGGUUUCGAGCUCUGGUCCAUGAACGAGAACAUCCUCUUCGACAACAUCUACAUUGGACACGACGAGGCCCAGGCCAAGAAGUUCAAGCAGGAGACAUUCGACGUUAAGAAGCCAAACGAGGAGGCUCUUGAGAAGGCUUCCAAGCCAAAGGUUGACGACAAGAAGUCCCCAUCUGACCUCGUCUUCCUGGACGACCCAGUCCUCUACGUCAAGGAGAAGACCGCCCUCUUCAUCGAGCUCGCCCAGAAGAACCCAGUCGACGCCAUCAAGUUCGUUCCUGAAGUCGCAGGUACCAUUGGUGUUGUUCUCGUCACCAUCAUCGCCCUCGUCUUCGGCCUCGGCGGCGCCGCUGCACCAAGCAAGGAGGAGAUCAAGGACAAGGCUAAGCAGGCCAAGGACGCUGCGCAAAAGACGAAGAACGAUGUCGCUGAUGCUGUUGCAUCUGGCGCGGACAAGGCACAAGCUGAGGUCAACAAGAGGACCACGAGGAGUGGUGCACAGUAGUAGCCUUCCACCGUGUCUUGUUGUUGUGUAUUUGGGAGAAACUUUCAAAAAACUGGUAAUCAGAAGUAUCAUUUAUGAUGAGCGUUCUACUAUACUGGGAUGAAAGUCAGCAAGAAAGAACGAAAUGAGAAAGUUUAGCGUGCUUUGCGCGGUAACAUGCCAGAUCCGUCUGUUCCUUUCAUUGGUCCUUCUGCUGCACUGUGGAAGUCGGCGCAGUGGUGGAAUGGGCUGUGCUCAGAUGCGAGAUCAGUAUCGUUUAGACGAAAUGUAAAACAAAAUCGAUCAUGACAUGAAAUGAAAGGAAAGCUGCGAUAUCUAUG